AUGCCAGCGAAGCGCAAGCACGAGCAGUUUGACCCAAACAAGUCCGACUCGAAUGAUACCGACUUCGACCCUGGCGAAGCGAGAAGUUCGCCCAAGAAAUCUCGAAAAACCUCCUCGAAGCGCCAUGCAGGUAGCGGUGUAUCCAAGAAGAAGAACACAAAGCGAUCAAAAUACAAGGGCUCCGACGUCACAGAUGACGAUGUUGAGGAUAGCUUGUUAGAAGAUUCAUUUUCAGAAGACGAUGAGGAGGAGGAGGAGGUGGAAAUGAACGAGAAAACUGGUCGUGCGGUUCGAAAGGCUACCAGGAAGACGGUCAACUACGAGGAAGACAGCAAGAGUGAUAUCACAGAUAAUAUUGGAGACACGCUCUCGGAGUCGGACGACGAACCCAGGAAGAAACCCCAAAGCAAGCGGCGAAAGAUUGUUGAAGAAGAGCCGGAGGAAGGAAUCGAGGAUUCCGGCGACGAGCCUGUGAAAAAGCUUCCCAAAGAAAAGGCCCCGUCGAAGAUCAUAAAGCUAAAAUUUGGGACCUCUCGAGGCACACCUCUAGCUUCAUUAACUCGCACCAGCAGGGCUACUAGUGCUGCACGCACACGCGGAAGAGGAAGCACAGAACCAAGAUCCGCCGGACUCACGCGUAAAACCAGGGCACAAACAGAAGAGGGGGACGAACAAAUAUCCUUGUCAGCAUCCGGAAAUCACAUUAUCCGCGAAGGUCACAGCCCCGAACCCAUAAAUCGGAGAACUCGAGGUUCCAAGGGUUUGAAACAGCCAGCUUCGACGAUCAAAGAGGAAAUUCACGAGACCAGCUCUCACGAACAGGAAGGUGUAGCAACCACCACCAUGGCGACCGAAAUUGCCGGGACUGAUGAACAAGACGAAGCUGACGCGGUCAUGGAGCAAGACAAUGUGGACGAGCUUGCCAACGACGAACCUCAAGCCGAACCUGUAGCUCCUACCGAGGAGGACGAAGACCAGGAAGACGAUAUGCCCGUUACUCGUACAGGUCGUGCCCGGGGCUCGCGUGCUGGUCUUGCUAAUUCGUCUCCCGUUGAGACAGUCGAGGAGGCUACAACAGAACGACCAGAAGGGGGAACCCGACGUUUGACCCGUGGAUCCAAGUCGAAAAAAAGAAAGAACGGAGCGGAGGCGAGCAGCGACUUUGAACCUGAAGAUGACCCUGCAGAGGACGAGCUUUCGGCGUCCGACGCCUCCCCUAGGAAAGCAAAGAAAGAUGAUGGAUCCGACUCAGGCUCUGGUCGGAGAGGAAGGCGUGGUGGCCAAACGAAAUCAAAGUCCAACUCUCGGAGACGGGGUAGUUCCGCGUCUGAAGUUGAUGAGCCGAUUGACGUUGAUGAGAUUGACGAGGAAUUGGCAGAGCUUACCAAAUCGAAGAAGAGGCGAGUAACCAGGGCAGCGUCCGAAAUUGAGUACGCGGCCCGUCCGGGUCGGGCCCGAAAGCAAGUGGACUAUAGCAUAAAACCCAUGGACCAGAUCUACGCUGCCGAUGAGGAUGGCGCUGAAACUGCUCCAUCCCCUACAAGAAGAGUGAAAGGCGGUCGUAGUGGUGCCAGUCAACCUUGGGAGCGAAAUCUUUACACUACAUUUGGGCCGUUCGGAGGCGGGGGUGGUCCAGUCCCGGUAAUUGGUGGACCCUGGGGAACAGGAGCUGCUGGCGGUGUUGAUUCCGACAGCAGUGACGACGAAACGAUACAGAGACCUUCUGGGGUUGGAGGCAAUGUGGGUAUGACUCCAACUUCUGCAUUCCCUCCGGGACUACUUCCGGGACUUGGUCAGACGAACAAUGCGGACGCUAUGGCGCAUGGGACCCCAGCAAACCUUGGAAAGGUCAAGAGCCAAAAGGCUUUGGCGGAUGCUGACCCUCUUGGUGUUGACCAAAACGUCGACUUCAGCAAGAUUGGCGGUCUGGAAGGGCAUAUCGACCAGCUCAAAGAAAUGGUCCAGAUGCCUCUUCUGUAUCCCGAGCUUUUCCUGAAAUUCCAUGUCACUCCGCCUCGAGGCGUCUUGUUCCACGGGCCUCCCGGUACUGGAAAGACCCUUCUCGCGAGGGCUCUUGCAGCAAGUGUUGGGGCUGGUGGGCGAAAGAUCACUUUCUACAUGCGCAAAGGAGCCGAUGCGCUGAGCAAGUGGGUUGGCGAAGCCGAAAGACAACUACGGCUCCUGUUUGAGGAAGCUAGAAAGACCCAGCCAAGUAUCAUCUUCUUUGAUGAGAUCGAUGGACUUGCGCCUGUGCGAUCGAGUAAGCAAGAACAAAUCCAUGCAUCAAUAGUGUCUACUCUGCUCGCUCUGAUGGAUGGUAUGGACGGUCGAGGUCAGGUUAUUGUUAUUGGUGCUACCAAUCGACCUGAUAACAUCGACCCUGCACUGAGAAGACCUGGACGCUUCGACAGAGAGUUUUACUUUCCUCUCCCUGACAUUGAGGCCCGAAAGUCGAUUCUCAACAUUCAUACCAAGGACUGGGGUAUCGACGACAAGUUCAAAACUUCGUUGGCUCAUGUCACCAAAGGCUAUGGAGGUGCCGAUCUUCGUGCUUUGUGCACAGAAGCAGCCCUGAAUGCUAUCCAGCGUACUUACCCCCAGAUAUACUCUUCCAACGAGAAACUCUUGGUGGAUCAGGACAAGAUCAAGGUCACAGCCAAAGAUUUCAUGCUUUCUGUCAAGAAAAUGAUUCCAUCCUCCGAACGAUCAACCUCCUCCGGCGCAGCACCGCUGCCCAAAGCUAUUGAGCCACUUCUUCGACAUCAGCUCAAGGAGAUCGAGCAGAUUCUGGAUGGAUUGAUUCCCAUCAAGAAGAAGACCACCGCUCUACAAGAAGCAAUGUUCGAACAAUAUGAGGAUGAAGAUCACGGAUUUGGACGAGAGACCCUGCAGCAAGAUUUCGAGAAGUCGCGCGUAUUCCGCCCAAGACUCCUCAUCAGUGGUCAACCUGGCAUGGGCCAGUCAUAUAUUGGUGGUGGUAUCUUGAACCAUUUCGAAGGACUUCAUGUGCAGAGUUUUGACCUCCCUACCAUUUUCAGCGAUUCCGCGAGAUCCCCGGAAGCUGCAAUCGUUCAACUGUUCGCAGAAGUGAAGCGACACAAGCCCAGCGUUAUCUACUUACCGGGAGUUGAUACCUGGUACGCAACUGUCGGCCCUGCUGUCAUAACCACAUUCCUUGGUAUGCUGCGCGCCAUCCCGCCUACCGACCCUGUACUCGUACUCGGUAUCACGGACAACACUAUAGAAAAACUCGAUCCACUCAUGCUGCAAAAUCUUUUCGGCUUUUCCAAAAAGAAUCGAUACGUCAUCGAGCGUCCGUCAAGAGAAUCUCGAAUCGAGUUUUUCUCCACGAUUGCGGGCUAUGUGAGAAAGGCACCGAAGGACUUCCCGGACCCAUUGAACCGUAAGAAGAGAAAGUUGGAAGUCUUGCAGAUAGCUCCGCCGCCCCCGCCAAAGGUUCCGACCAAAGACGAAAUCAAAGCCCUAAAGAAAAGAGACCACCAGCUUUUGAACCUGUUGAAAGUUCAGAUCCAACCCAUCAUGGACCAGAUUCACAGAAAGUACAAGAAAUUUCGAACGCCUGUCAUCCCGCAAAGUGCAAUCCAGUAUCUAUAUGACGAGAAGGAUCCCGAUUGGGUCCGCCCAGAUAUUCCUCAAUUACGACCCUAUGAGCUGGCCACAGACAAAGACGGCGUUCAGGGGCUUCGUGAAACUUCAACUGGCACGUUCUACUACAACUUGGAGACCACGACUAUUGAAGAGCGUUUGUCCAACGGCUUUUAUGCGCGCCCGAAGGACUUUCUGGCGGAUAUCAGAUCCCUGGCCAAAGACGCGAAGCAUAUUGGGGACAAGGAGCGGGCACUAAAGGCAAACGAGCUGCUUGCUAAUGUGGAAGUCGACAUAGCUAACAUUGAGCUCUCGCCAGCCUUUGCAGACUGCGAGAACGUAUAUCAUCGACAGUUGGAAAGAGCGAAAGAGCGGGAAGAAAAGCACAAGAAGCGAGCUGCUGCUGCUGCGGCGGCGGCGGCUGCAGACAAUGGCUUCAACUCGACCGUACAGUCGGAUAUUUUUGGGCCUGGACCAACCUCGGUGGAACUUUCCAGACCUCCAAUACACGGCGAGCCGAUGCCGGGACAACGACCGACGAUAUUCACUCCUGUCCGCGGCUCCAGUGGCUUGUCGAAUGGUUUCUCGGCUACCUCGGGACCCUUCCAUGGCUACAAUGGAUCCUCGGGACCUCCUCAUAAUGUUCAUAUGGGAGGGACAGAUGAAGCCUCGCAUAUACAAUUCCCAGACCAUCCAAGCAUGACUAGUGGGCCACCUCGACGCAACACGCAGGUCUCCCAACGCUCUAUCUUUCAUGAGAUCUCUCAGGGCACAUCGCCUGCCGAUAUUGUCAAUUACGCUUCGACAACCACUUCAGGAAAGAAAACGUCGGAGGGUUGGAGCACUCAAGCUACGAAUGGGCUUGGCAACAACAAUUCCUCCAGCCCAGUCGUAGGAACCGUGGCCGACUCUGACUUACCAGAUACCCAGCGUAACACGCAAGGCGACACUAGCAGCAGCGAAGAAUGGCUUCACUCUCAAGCUCACGCCAUGCACCGUGGACAUCUCGGCCCAAAUCCACUGUCCCAGACGCCCAGUUCUGGGAGUCAGCCCUCUCAGACCCCUGCAGUGCCAGCCUUCAACUCGGGGCCCCGCAUGCCUGUCUCCCGGUCUCAUCCUCAGAAUAUCGCCAAUCUCCUCAACGACUCGCCUACUGGGCCGACAUCCUCGCAAGGGUCGUCCCAGAAAGACAUGAUCUUCAGUGAGAAGUUCGUUGAGGAGCUCCACGAGCGACUGGUAGCGGGAUCGAGCGGAUGCUCAAUUGAGCAGCUGGAGCAGAUUAAUAGGGAGUUGAUGGACACGCUGUGGAGGAUGCGGGGCGAGUAUAAUCGCGACAUUGUUGUGACUGAGUUGUCUCUUGUGUUCAACGAAACGAUUACAGAUAUGGAGGAAAUGCAAAAAGUUUUGGACGCGAGUCAGCCAGAUAAUCUUGAAGCACCCGAGCCCUGGGGAAACACGGGACAAGGAACGGGUGGCGACGGGUGGCGAAGGGUGGCGAAGGUUAGAGCAGCAGCAGCAGAAGGCGGGUGGAUGUGA